GGAGGAGGAGGAGGAAGAGGGGCAGGGAGGAGGGUGUCAGCAGUUAAUAACCCCAGCCUCCUCUCCCUGGCAGCAUGAUGAUCGCAGAAUUCUCCGGGACUUAUUUUCCAGCGGAGCUUGGUGGUGAUGAGCGCCCGCGCGCAGAACUGCAGCGCGUGACGCCUGACAUUUCCUCCAUCUGAGCUGGUAGAUUUCACCAAGCAGCGCAGUGUGUGAAUGCUGGAGCUUUGGCACACACACGCGCGCGCACAGUCCGGCUGAGAGGCUGAUUUUCAGAGCGCACUUCUCUCCGACAAACCCCCCCCAAGCCUUCCUCUCCCUGUUCUUCCAUCUGGGGAUUGGAAAGUUCAGGACCAGGCGGAGAACCGCACGCGGACGGUCUCGGCUCGGCUGCGUCCCGUCCCACGUCCCUCCGUGUCAACCCGCACCACACCGGCUGUCCCGAGCGGCAAACAUGGGUCUCUCCGGGAUCGUGCUCGUUCUUCUCUUCCCAGGUGUGUUUCCAGCCUCAGGACCGAUGUUUCCCUUCCAUUCAGCUACGGACUGUGUUGAAGCUCAUCGUGUGUGUUCUGUGGAUCCGGAGUGUGAGGCUCUGUAUCGGGGUCUGGAGCUGUGUGCGGCCGAUGCGGCGGUCUCUCCGCUUGGAGAACAGGCAGCUUCUGAGUGCCUGGAAAGACAAGACGCCCUGUUGGCCAAACACCCCUCUCUGCUGUCCUGCAAGUGCCAGCGUGGCUUCCGCAAGGAGGAGCGCUGCCUUCAUAUCUACUGGAGGGUUCGCCUUCUGCCAGGGAAGGACGAGCUGGAAAUUUCCCCAUAUGACGACACAUUAGACACCCGGAUGGCCUCCUUAGUGUCGGCUUCAUCUUUCAUGCAACUGGAUGGUGAGAACCUGUGCCUGAAAGCUGCACAGGACUGCGGCCUCUACGAGAAAUGCGGUUCUCUCCGAUCAGAGUAUGUCCUGGCCUGCACCAAGCCGGGGCACGGGAGCUCCCGAUGCAACCAGAACAAGUGCCACAAAGCCCUGAGGCGUUUCCUGGAGCGGGUUCCUGCGGAGUACAGCCUGGGCAUCCUGUUCUGCCCCUGCACCAACAACCUGUGUGGUGAGAGGAGGAGGAAAACCAUCGUACCGUCCUGCUCCUACCAGAUUACGGAAGGUCAGCAACCUAACUGUCUCCACCAGCAGAGCUCCUGUCGCCAAGAUGACAUCUGCAGGUCCAGAUUGGCUGAUUUCCUCAGUAACUGUCAGCCUUCUCUUCUGACGGCCAGCGGCUGUUUGAAAGACUCACCUGGCCUUUGUCUCCGAGCCUACGCGGGACUUAUAGGGACCACCAUGACGCCCAACUACAUCAGCAACGGCUCUGCUGAUGUGUCGCUGUGGUGCAGCUGUGAAGGCAGCGGCAACCAGUGGCAGGAGUGUCUGAGACUGCAGCGCCUCUUCACCCACAACCCCUGCCUGCGUAACUCCAUCAACUGGAUGGGAAGCCCUGGCUCUCUGCCUGCAGAUGCCACUCAGCCUCCAGCUCCUAGGCCCUCCCCGCUGGUCCAGGAGGACAACCACCUCCCAGAGUUCACCAACAAUGUGGUGGAGAGCGAGGAAGAAGAGGAGCUGACUCAGAGUCUGGAGGAGGCUGAUGAAGGUGGUCAGUUUGAUGUCAUCCCACCCUACUCAGAGAGGGCCCCCAUCUCCACCCUGGGCGCCUCUGGGACCGGCGGGGCCACAACUCUAAGCACCAACCUUACCAAACGGGUCCUACUGGUCCUUCUGCUCAUAUCUGCCUCCAUCAGCUGGGGGUAAAACCGAGGAUGAAGAGGAUACACACAAUCACACACACCUACAUGUACACUCUUACAUAAACCGGAUCAGCCUACCAUCUUGGACUGCUUAAUGAAAAAUUAUAACAAUUACAGUGAAGAAAUGGACUUCAUCUUUCAGCUGUAGCUUCCCCUGAUCCCCAUCUUUGUCCUUCCUUCGGUCCUUCGCCUUCUUAUGUGAAAAAUAGCACUUUGUUUUGUUCUGGUCUGAGCUGCAGAGGGAUGUUGAUACUAUGCCUUCAACCAAUCCAGGUCCAGUUUACACCACUUAUUUAUUUAUUUUUGCACGUAAAUAUUAUCUGGCUUUGUUUCACGUUGCUCCGGCAGUGCUAAACAAUGGAAGGUGGCUAGCUUAAAUUCUGAAAAAAAUGUGAGCUAGUAGCCAAAAAAGAUGUCAAGAUGAAAACCAACAGCUUUUCCAUGAAGACGAGCUGAACACGAAGCAUCACUCACAUCAGCUGACUUUUCUUUUUUCUGCUGAGAGCUUCAUUAGCAUUGCAUUCACUCAUCACAGCUAAAAUGCCGCAUCUUAGAAAAUAAUUUUUCAUUUUUUAUAAUGAACAAAGCAUGACGUUGCCUCCAUACUGAAGCACUUGAUUUAUUUAUUAACAAAACAUAAUUAUUUAAUUUUUUGUGACAUAUUUCAGUGAAGUUCAUGACUAGUAGAUACCAUUAGUGCUAUUAUGAUGCUGGGAUCCAGAAACAAGCCCGAAAACUGUAAUCCUGAUUCAUUUGACUGAAUUAAAACCUGAAAAAAACAA